UGUUUCUCUCCUCCUCUUCACAUCAUCCUCCAACGCCAUGUCCGCUAUCAGUUCACGUUGACGUGCCGACAUGCCCACCUGGCCCGCUCGGAGUGCACGCGCAUACCAUGAUACGAGCGGUCCGCACUUCCGCGUCGUCAGAGGACUCCCGGACCGACCAGACCUCAUUCCUCGCGGUUCCCGCAUGUCGUAUCGCGCAUCUCCGCUCAUGCGUCUUCAACAGACUCGGCUCGAGGUGAUCCACAGAUGUGGCUCGCGAUAUAACUGCCUGAGUCUGAGGUACUACUGGCUUCACCCUCAUCAACCAUGACCAUCCUCAGCAUCCCGGAGUCAAGUAUCCGAGUCGCCAUCGACCGUGGAGGCACCUUCACGGACGUGCACGCGUCUGUGCUCGAUCCUAGCGGCGGACGCAGAGAGUUCGUCAUCAAGCUUCUCUCGCAGGACCCAGGAAACUACGCCGACGCGCCGACCGAGGGUAUCCGCCGGGUGCUCGAGCGAGUCACCGGCACCUCAAUUCCGCGCGGCGAGCCGCUCCCUAUUAAGCAUCUUGACUACGUCCGCCUCUCCACCACGGUGGCUACUAACGCGCUCCUCGAGCGUAAGGGCCAGGACCACGCGCUCGUGAUCACUAAGGGGUUCCGUGACCUCCUCGAAAUCGGAAACCAGACUCGGCCCCGCAUCUUUGACCUCAACAUCAAGCGUGCGCUGCCUUUGUACUCCAAAGUCGUCGAGGUCGACGAGCGCGUCACUCUUGUCGGGUACACCUCUGAUCCGAAGCAUGCUGAGCACGCCGUAACCUUCGACGCCGACGGCUCCGUCAAGAAGGCCUACUCUGGCCCAGGGGCCGAAGCACAAGCUCGUCUCAUGCCCCAGCCCAUCGUGCAAGGCCUCUCAGGUGAGGCCGUCAAGGUCCUCCAGGCUCCCGACGAGGUGGCCCUCCGUGCCGACCUCCAGGCUGUCUACAACGAGGGAUAUCGUGCCGUCGCCGUGUGCCUCGCCCACUCGUACACGUACCCUCAGCACGAGCUAGUAGUUGGCCGCAUUGCAGCCGAGGUCGGCUUCGAGAACGUCUCGCUGUCCUCCCAGCUGCUUCCUGUUAUCAAGAUGACGACGCGCGGACAAAGCACAACGGCUGACGCGUAUCUCACCCCCAUCCUGAAGGAAUACCUGCGCGGCUUCUACCGAGGCUUUGAGGGCGGCGCGGACGGCGGUCUGCGCGUCGAGUUCAUGGGCUCUGACGGCGGCCUUGUUGAGCUAAAGCAUUUCUCGGGCCUCAAGUCCAUCCUGUCCGGCCCUGCCGGCGGUGUUGUCGGCUACGCCCUGACUAGCUGGGAUGAGGAGGAAAAGGCGCCCAUCAUUGGCUUCGAUGUCGGCGGCACGUCGACCGAUGUCUCCCGCUUCGCGGGACGGUACGAAAGCGUUGCGGAGACGACCACCGCGGGUAUCGCCAUCAACGUCCCCCAGCUCGACAUCAACACUGUUGCAGCUGGCGGCGGCUCCUGCCUAACAUACAAGAAUGGACUGUUCCGCGCCGGGCCCGAAAGUGCAGGGGCACACCCCGGCCCCGCAUGCUACCGAAAGGGCGGACCACUCGCACUCACUGACGGCAACCUGUUCCUCGGUCGCCUGGUGCCGCAGUACUUCCCCAAGUGCUUCGGGCCAAAUGAGGACGAGGCACUCGACCCCACUGCAAGUGAGAGGCAGUUCGCUGCGCUUGCGGAAAAGAUCCGCGCGCACACCGGCACAGAGAAAGACAUGGACGAGCUGGUGUACGGCUUCGUCAAGAUCGCCAACGUGACGAUGGCGCGCCCGAUCCGCACGCUGACUGAGGCGCGGGGGUUCAAGACCUCGGACCACGUGCUCGCCUCCUUCGGCGGCGCGGGCGGCCAGCACGCGUGCGAGAUUUCCGAGCUUCUGGGCAUCUCGCGCGUGCUGAUCCACAAGUUCUCGAGUGUGCUCUCGGCGUACGGCCUCUCCCUCGCUGACCGGGUCUAUGAGCUGCAGGAGCCGGCAGCAGACGUCUACUCAGCGUCCGCGGACACGCUGUCAGCGCGCCUCGACGGGCUCGGCGAGCGUGUGCGCGCCGUGCUUCGUGCCGCCGGCUUCGACGACGCCAAGAUCCGCCUUGAGCGCCUGCUCAACAUGCGCUUCGACGGGAGCGACACGGCGCUCAUGGUGCUCGCGCCGGACGGAGACUACGCGGCGGCAUUCAUGCGCGCACACAUGGACGAGUUCGGGUUCUUGCUCGACAAGGAGAUCGUCGUCGAUGACAUCAAGGUGCGCGGCAUCGGGAUGAGCUACGAGUCGCUUGGGCGCAGCGCGCUUGCGGAGGUGCGCACGCUCAGGCGUACGCCGCCGCCCAAGGCCGACUUGGCGCAGGAGGUGUAUGUGUGGCAUGGGGAAGCGGGGAAGCGCGUCAACGCGCCUGUAUACGAGCUCGAGAGCCUCGCGACGGGCAACGCUGUGCCUGGACCCGCCCUGGUCAUCGACGAUACGCAGACAAUCUUCGUCAAUGUCGGCUGGACAGCGCUCGUGACGACAAACCACCUGAUGCUGGUGCGGGAGUAGGCAGAAGCGGUCCGUGAUCCAAAGUCAAGAUGAAUCAUGUGUGUAGUCUCCG